ACUCAAAAUUCAAAGUCAACCACAAAACUAACGUAUGUUUUUUUUGAAAAUUUUAUUUGCCCUAUUCAUCCCAUAAGUUUAGAUUAUUCACGAAAAUGCCAUUAAAUUUUUUUCUUUCGAAAAUGACACUUUUACUCUCUCAACCUCAUCAUCUUCAAGUAUUUACAAGAUUGACAUUGCCAUCAAUACACCAACCACCGUAAACAACCAUUUUGAAGCUCUUAAUGCACCUAAAAUCAAUUUACACUCAUUCUUUCUUAAUUCUUAUGAACUAAAAACAACGUCUUUUUCACUAUCUCACCAUAUUCAUCCAAAAAAAAUUCAAGAUUUUGAUUCUAAUUUUUAAUGGUUCAUAGAGCCAUUGAAGCUUACGAUUCUUGGUGGGUCACUUUCGUUUGAGCUUCUGUGUGCUAAGGAAGUUAUCUCACUAAUUUAAGGUAUGAAAUCAAGAUUUUAUCCAGAUCUCUUCGCCAAGAAGACUUCCGGGUAAGUCUUCUAGCUGUAGAAGACUUACAUCGAAGUAUUCUGGUCAAUGCAGAGGUUAGUUUUGCAAUUGACUUUUAAAUGUAUUUUUAGAGACCAGUUAUAUUGAAGUCGUCCAUUUUUGUUUGUUUAAUAAAAAAUCUCGAGAAAACCAGAGAUGACUUCCAUGUAAGUCGUCUACGAUAAACAAGUUAGUUUUGCAUUUGACCGGAUUGUGUCAGAAAAUUGACUUUUCCUGGACGACUUACACAUAAGACGUCCAGUAGAAAACCAAAAAAAUCAAUAUUUUAUUAUAACUAGACGAAUUCCAUGUUAGUCGUUUCAGGUUAGUUUUGCAAUUAGAAAAUAAAACUUAAAUAUUUAAUUUUUUCUAGACUACUUACUUGAAAGUCUUCCGCUCGACGACUUACACGAAAGGCGUCCAAGAUUUUAUUCCGAGAUUCUGGUCAAACCUUGCUUAUCUUGGACGACUUCCGUAUAAGUCAUCUGACUGAAGACUUCCGUGUUAGUCGUCUAGAAAAAAAAUAUUUAAGUUUUAUUUUCCAAUUGCAAAACUAAGCUGAAACGACUAACUUGGAAGUCGUCCAGGAAAAGUUAAAUUUUCUACACAAUCUGGUCAAAGGCAAAACUAACAUGUUUAUCACACAGAAGUCUUCUCCAAGCACACAGAAGCUCAAACGAAAGUGACCCACCGAGAAUCGUAAGUUUCAAUGGCUCUAUGAACCAUAAAAAUUUUAGAAUCAAAAUCUUGGUUUUUUUAUGAAUAUGGAGAGAAAGUGAAAGGGAUGUUGUUUUUAGCUCAUAACAAUUGAGAAAGAAGGAGUGUAAAUCGAUUUUAGGUGCAUUAAAAGCUUCAAAUUGGUUGUUCAUGGUGGUUGUUGUAUUAAUGACAAUGACAAUCUUGUAAAUACUAAGAUGAUGAGGUUGAGAGAGCAAAAAAGCUAUUUUCGAAAAGAAAAAAAAUUAUUGGCAUUUUCGUGAAUAAUCUGACCUUGUGGGGUGAAUAGGGCAAAAUAUAUUUUCAAAAAAACAUAGGUUAGUUUUGUGGUUGACUUUGAGUUUUAUGUCAAUUUUGCAAUCAUGGAUCUGGACCGCGGACCUGGCCCGUAAAAGACUGUUGUGGAACGGUAUUGAGACGAGAUUUUCUAGGCCCAUAAAUUUGUGGGCCUCGCAGGACGGGUCUUUACGGGACUGGGCCUUUUCUGGGAUGAGCCGAAACGGGUCAUGCAGGAUUACAUGGACCCGCAUUUUUUUUUUCAUUUCUUAUUUUACCUGAAAAAAUUGAGAAAGAGAGUGAGAAGAAAGUGAUUCUUGUGACUUUCCCCCAGAAAUCAUAAGGAGUUCCGGCGAUGAUGAUUCGAGCUCCGAUGAUGAUGAUUCGAGCUCCGGCGAUGACGACUCCAGCUCCAGCGAUGACGAUUCGAGCUCUGGUGGUGUUUUGAUUUGGUUUUCUCUUUUUAUUACACACAACUAUGAAUUGCUUUAUUACAAUGUGAUAUUUCUUGUUUAAGUUGAUUGGUUUUGUUUUCAGUACUGUGAAGUGGUGUUUUUGUUAAAUUAAAUUUGGUUACAAUGGUGUUGUUUAGGAGAAAAGUUAGUUGUAUAUCACGUCACUUGUAUAAUUUGGCAAAGUGAUUCACGAUUUUUUUUGCAAUCCAAAUAAUUAAAAAGAGAGAUGGUUUGAUGAAGACAUACAACACUUGAGCCAAAUUAUUACAAAGACAACAACUCAAUCAGAUUCAAACUUAACAAAAGCUUAUGCAAAUAACAAAAGAAGGCUUUUAACUCAAAAACACAAGCACAAACGGAGCUUUGUAGCAUUGAUUUUGAUAAGGCUUUAGUUAAGCUUAAUGAGCUCUCUUCAAUUCUCUUAGACAACUCUUCAGCUUGAACAUUCAUGAAAAAAGCUGUAGCAGGAAGUUUGAUAAGGAAGUGUCCCGCGGAUCGGCCCGUGAAGGCCUAUAUAUUAUGCGAUACGGGUUUGGGCCGGCAUUUUGAAGACCACAGCCCACGCGGGACAGGCCCACUGUGACCCGCUCGGCGAUUAACCUGCCACAGUAUGAGACGGAACGGGAUGGGUAAACCUGGUAGCACUAUUCAAUUUGGGCAACACUUUAGGAAUUAACUAGACGAUGUAAUAAUGAUUAGUUAAGAGUACUAGAUCGUUUUUCCGCGCAACGCGCGGAUAAUUGUUUUUAAAAUUUACAAUAAAUUUUGUGGUGUGAAAAUAAAAUAAUUCAGAAUUUUUAUGUAUAUAAGCUAUGUAUUAUGUAGGGCAUAGUAUAUGAGGGUAGAUAUGCUCUGCUUUGUUGUUGUUUGAAUGUUGCAUAUAUUUUUUCUUCCAUUUUUUUUGUAAUACUUUUUUUAUUAGUUUACUAAAAUAUCAAAACUGAGUUUAGAAUACCAAAACAGCACAGAUGAUGUCGUGAAGUUGGUUUUAGCUGUGUUUCCUUGAUUAUUAUCUUCUCAGCCGUAGAUAGAAGGUGUAGUUCUAACUCAUGUAUUAAACUUGACACUUAUCUUUCCUUUGAAGUUGUUGAUAAUUUUAAAGAGUUAAUUAAGAUUUUGAGUAAUAUGUUUGAACCUAGUAAAAUUUUUAUGAUUACAUAUCCAAUUUAUACAUGUAUGUAAAUUUUGUUUCAUAAAUGACAUUGUUUGAUAUUUUUCUUCUUAUUACAAAAAUUGUGUCAUUUUCUAAUUUCAAUAUAAUUUUAAAGGUUAUACCUAUUUUAACCUUAGUAUUUAUUGUAAAAAAUGUUUGUAAUCCUUAAAAUACUUUAAUAUCUCAAUAAAUAUUAGUUAAACAGAAGUAAUUAUUGGGGAUAAACAUGAAUUUAAAUCAUAUUUUAAUUUGUGUGGAAAAUGUGAAUGAAAAUUUAGUAAGAAAGAAAUAUAGUAUUUUAUUUUAUUUUAAAAUUUAUUUUUUUGACCAAUUUUAACUGAUUUUCUUUUACUGUUUGUGCUUAAAUUAUUAAUAUAAAUGGAUAAUUUUAGACAGUUGAAAAAUGGAUAAUUUUAGUUUUAAAUUUUUUUCCAUUAUAUGUUGGAGAUAAAGUUUUUGUAAAAUAAAUUUUAGCUAUAUGAAACUAAAAAUAGAAAAGGUAAUUUGUUGUUAUUUUUAUUUCAUGAUUUUUUUAAGUGUUGUUCAUGUAAUAUAAUUUAUUUAAAAUUUCUAUUUUAAUUAAUCAUAAUUUUAUAAAUUAAAUAUAGAUAUUAGAUAAAAAUAUUAUUUUUUGGUUCAAAACUAUCGCCUAACCGUAGUUUCAAUAUUUUAAUUUAAAUGUAUAUAGUUUAGGAUUUUAGGGUAAGGGGCAUUUACUUUUUAUAAGAACUAAACAUAAAGAUUUGGAGUAAAGUCAAAUUAAUUUUUUAUUAUUAUAUCUACAAUCAUAAUAAACGGGUUUGUAAUUAUAUAUUUUUGUCAAUAGAAACACAACUUUUAGAUUCUUUUUUUUAAACCAACUUUAGAUUCUUAUAUUUGAAGAAAGUAUUCAUGACAUAUGUCAUAUUUUCAAAUAUGUAGAGUUCAUGGAAUAUUGGUAGUAGAAAUUUUCAAUUGAUAAUUUAAUAUCAUUUGUUGUUUAGCAUAAUAUCAUUUGUUGUUUUAGUAAAACCCAAAGUAAUAAUAAUUUAAAAUCGCUUUACAUUUAUAAAACCAAAAUUUAUUAUAGUAACAUGACUAAAUAAUAAAGUAGGUUGGAGUUGUUAUUUUUUUUUUGUUGAUUUUUUCUUAUAAGUGGGAUACUGUUUUAGUAUAUUGAUUUUUCCCUUAAAUUUUAUAAUAUUUCUAUAAUUUCUAUAGGUUUAGUUCUAAUUAUUAUAUAAGAAAUAUAAUAUGAAAAUGCUUGAAUUUUAAUAGAUAAAAACUAAUUAUUUAACGUAAGAAAAUUACUACAUUAAAAAUUGCUCAUUUUGUUUUAUAAAUAUUGUCAAUUUUAAAAAGUAUGCACACCUGCAUAUAUAAUUAAAUUCAAAUUCGAGUAUAUCUUAUAACAUACAUAAGUUUACAUAAAACAUAAAUAAAACUAAACAAAACUCAUCUUUAAGAUGUGUAAGUUUAACUACAACACGUAUAUAUGUAGUCUUUGUUAACAUUAAGCAAGUUUUAGAUCAACAAUAAUAGGUUUUACAGAAACUAUAUAGCCUGCUUGUGACAGUAAUAAGCAUGAAUACAGAUAACCAUAAACACAAAAAAAACAAAAGCCAAACUUAUCAAAAUCUUUUAUUCCCAUUCAAUCAUUGAAGUAGCUUUUUGAUGCAAGUCUUGAUCCACACGGUGCUAGGUGGUGUUAUGAUGUAUUAGCAUUUGGGGAUAGUCUUUACGAAGUAUGGAACACCACGCAAAAGAAAGGUUCCUCAAAUAAAAAAAUUCCUGAAGGUCAAGAAGCAUACAUAAAACCGAUACUUUCCAGAGAUACCGCACAAGGUUCUAACUAUGAAUGUUAAGGCUAGGAGCGAGAGUCUCACAGAGUGUGGAGUGUUGUAUUUUUGACCAAGUGCAUCACCAUUUUUCACCACUUGAACACCAAGCGUUGCAUGAAUCAUAGACGGAUACACAUCUCCUAUAUCCAAGACGCAGGAUUAACCGAGAUGAAUCCCAUCACAAAAUCUGAAUGAGCCUCUGUGAUUUUCCCUACUGCUGCAGUGUAGUCUCAUGUAGCAAGGUUACCAGCAGACCGUUGCAAGUCUGUUCGCUCCUUCCUGCCGAAGAAAAUCAAAACCAAGAGAAGUCGUUCAAAUUUAGUAAACUAUCCCGAAGAUACUCAAAAUUAUCUGCAUAAAACAAAUAAGAUAACACUCUGCAUAUGGUUUAUUAAGACAGUUUGUGAUUGUUUCUAAAGUUUUGUACCUACUAGACCAUUCUUCAAGACACUCGUUGUCCUUGUGGUGAUCAAACUCGUGAGUCAUUCUGCCUAAAAAACCUCUUUUAGUACACGGAAAUUCGAUUGUCUCUAGUGUCUACACAAAACAAAGUAAGCAUACAUGUGGCCUGGGAAACAUAAGUGGUGUUGAGUGAUCAUGUCUGCAGUAAUAGUCAAAGAAAGAAUCAGAAAAUAUCAGCAUAGUGUGUGAAACAUAAGAAAUUCCAAUUUAUAAUGCAUAAGGAUGAUCUGUCUUAACCUUAAAUGAUGUAUCCAAGAUAAGCAGAUCUAGUUGUCCACCACCAGAUUUUGAUAUAACUGUAUGCUCCAAAGACAAUAGCGUCUGAGAUAUCUUCUUUGAGAGUAAAAGAAAAACAAUACCCACUAAGCAAUCUGUUACACUUACUGUACUCAGUGCAGGGAGGAAAGCGUGAAUCAUCGAAUAUAUAAGCCACUCUUGAUUUUUCUCCAAAAAAGAAACCAAGACGGACAUAGUCUUCUCCAUGCAUCACCGACGGCAUAACUAAUGAUGGAGAUUCCACAUAGAUGCAGCAGGGAGGCAUGAAAGAGGCUUUGAUUAACUUGAUGGAAGUGGCCUGAAUGAUAAAUUUGCAGCUAAAACAUGGCUUCUCAUAAUCUUCUUUGAUUACUCUCCAACCCAGUUGUUCUACUCACCUUGCUUGUUGGCCUUUUUAAGUUUCACUUGAACUAAAUACGGAAACUUCACAGCAAGGCUGUUUUCAGAAAAGCAUGAGAUUAAACAUCUAAAAUGUCAGACAUAAAUUUCCAAUGCCAUAAAGAUGUCAUUAUUACCUAUCCCACUGCAAAAAAAAGUUGCUAUUCAUAGCACAUUGUUAUAGCACGUUUCACUGAACUGCUGUCGUUGAUGAGUGAAUUUUUUUUCUAGUAUAGGUUAGCAUUAUAUAAAUGCUAUGAUAGAGUUUUGCUAAGCGGGAAGCUAAAAUUAGCUUUUCCACGAAACACUUAGUAAAAAUUAGCUAAUAUUUUCUGUUUUCCCUCUCUCUAAUCGGGGUUCCCUCUCUUCUCUCUCAUUUUCCCCCUUUCUCGACAAAACUCUAAGAGAAAUCAAUCUGGAUUCUCCAUCUCCUUCUCUAUCGUUCUCUCUCUGUUUCCAUCUCUGUCUCGAUUCUCCAUCUCCGGUUCUCCAUCUCCGCCUCGAUUCUCCAUAUCUGAUUCUCCAUCUCCUCCUCGAUUCUCCAUCUCCCCCUCGAUUCUCCAUCACUCUCCUUCAUCGCCGCUUCUCCCAGCUCCGAUUCAACUCCUGUUCUACAUCUCUUAGGUAUAGGAAGUCACAAUUUCGAUAUCUCUGUCAGUGUUAAGCUGAAAUCGAAGUUUUUUUUUUUUUGCUUUAAUUUCUUGGUUGCUUUGAUAUGUUGGUUGCUUUAAUUUCCUGUUUUAUUCCAGUUAUCUUUUUAUUUGGUUGGUAUCGUUUCAUGCUCUGAAUAUUUUUGCUAUAUCAUUACAUCCUCUGACUCUUAUGUGUUAUGUUAUAAGUUCAUUUUGUUACAAAAGGUUUCAACUUAGGUUCGAACACAGCAUUAUGGACAAAGCUUGGGUACAUCUAAACAGAGUUGAUCCUGGAUAUGAGAGAGGGGCUUCAAAGUUUGUCCGGGAUGUGGCUUCAGCAAUGGGAGGGGUUGAUGUUAUUGUAUGUCCGUGUAUUGACUGCCGUAACAUAGUUCGACAUUCAGCAAGUGUGGUACUUGAUCAUCUUGUUACUAGGGGUAUGGAGGAGGGUUAUAAGAUGCGGGCUGAUUGGUAUCUACAUGGAGAGUUGAACGCAGAGGUUGCUGAUGAAAGCAAAGGAAGUGAGUGGAACGAUGAGAUCUAUGGGUUGUUCAGAGCUACUGAGUGUUUUGAUGAAGAGUUAGCUGGUAUGGGGAAUCUAUCUGAUAUGGCAGAGGGAGAGGACAAGAAAGAAGAUGAGUUCUUGGCAAAGCUAGCUGACGCUGAAACACCAUUGUAUCCGAGCUGUUCAAGCCAUAGCAAGUUAUCUGCAAUUGUUUCGUUGUUCAGAUUGAAGACUCAGAAUGGAUGGUCUGACAAGAGCUUCAAUGAUUUGCUAGAGACCUUGCCAGACAUGUUACCUGAAGAAAAUGUCUUGCACGCAUCACUCUAUGACGUGAAGAAGUUCUUGAAAUCAUUUGACAUGGGCUAUGAGAAGAUCCAUGCUUGUGGCAACGACUGCUGCCUAUUCAGAAAGAGGUUCAAGAAACUCGAUAAGUGUCCUAAAUGCAAGGCUUCAAGGUGGAAGACUAAUGUCCACACGGGUGAGACGAAGAAAGGCGUCCCACAGAAAGUUCUCCGUUACUUCCCUGUAAUACCAAGACUGAAGAGAAUGUUCCGGUCUGAAGAAAUGGCCAAGGAUUUGAGGUGGCACUUUACCAACAAAAGCAGUGAUGGAAAGCUGCGUCAUCCUGUUGAUUCUGUGACAUGGGAUCAUAUGAAUGCCAAAUACCCUACGUUUGCAGAUGAAGCAAGGAACCUGAGGCUGGGACUUUCAACAGAUGGAUUCAAUCCAUUCAACAUGAAGAACUCGAUGUACAGUUGCUGGCCUGUUCUGCUAGGUAACUACAACUUACCUCCAGACCUGUGCAUGAAGAAGGAGAAUAUCAUGCUUUCUUUGCUGAUUCCUGGUCCACAUCAGCCUGGUAAUAGCACAGACGUGUAUUUAGAACCCCUAAUCGACGAUCUUAACACUCUGUGGAGCAUUGGAGAGGUAACAUACGACGCUCUUACUCGAUCAGCUUUUACACUAAAGGCGAUGCUGCUUUGGACAAUCAGCGAUUUUCCAGCUUAUGGGAAUCUAGCAGGCUGCAAAGUAAAGGGAAAAAUGGGAUGUCCGUUAUGUGGAAAAAAUACAGAGAGCAUGUGGUUGAAGUUCAGCAGAAAGCAUGUGUAUAUGGGUCAUAGAAAGGGUUCAACUGAUUUAGGGUCUGAUAUUGAGGGUAUGUCGAGUGAAUCAGAUGAAGAGGAAGAAGUACUAGUAGAUGAGGAUGAGUUAUCUAGAUGGAAGAAGAGGUCAAUAUUCUUCAAGCUACCUUAUUGGGAGGAACUCCCGGUGAGGCACAACUUAGAUGUAAUGCAUGUGGAGAGAAAUGUUGCUGCAAGCUUAGUUUCAACGUUGUUGCACUGUGGGAAAUCUAAGGAUGGUCUUGCCGCUCGUAAGGAUCUGGAGGAGCUUGGUAUUAGGCCGGAUUUGCACCCUAGAGUGCAAGGAAAAAGAACCUAUCUCCCUCCAGCACCGUGGUCUUUGUCCAAGCAAGAAAAGAAGAUAUUUUGCAGGCGUCUAUUUGACUUCAAAGGGCCAGAUGGAUAUUGUUCUAACAUAUCAAGAGGUGUCUCGUUGGAUGACUGUAAAGUCUCUGGUCUGAAAUCACAUGACUACCAUGUUUUGAUGCAACAACUUCUGCCGAUUGCACUUAAAGGGUUGCUGCCAAAAGGACCGAGGCUUGCAAUUUUUAGAUUAUGCUCUUUCUUCAAUCUGUUGUGUCAGAGAGUGAUUGACAUGGAGAAGCUUCUAGUUAUGGAAGCUGAGAUUGUUGAGACUCUGUGCUUGUUUGAAAGAUACUUUCCUCCAAGUUUGUUUGAUAUCAUGCUUCAUUUGACUGUCCAUCUAGGAAGAGAAGCUCGGCUUGGUGGACCAGUCCACUUUAGAUAG